AUGUCUCAAGUUGCAGAGCCAAUAGGAGUUUGUUAUGGUCGGGUUGCCAAGAACCUGCCACCUGAUCCAGAAGUUAUAAGUCUCUACCAAGCAAAUGGCAUAACAAGAAUGAGAAUUUUUUAUCCGAAUCCUCCAACUCUGCAAGCUCUAUCGAACAUCGAACUCAUCAUCGGUGUUCAAAACCUAGACAUUCAUUCCCUUGGAAAUGACGUUGCAGCUGCUACUGCUUUGCUUGAGAACAAUGUCCUAAACUACUUUCCUGAUGUCAAGUUUAGGUACCUUGCAGUGGGAAAUGAGAUCAAUCCUCAAGAUGCAGAAGCCAAAUAUGUUCUAUCAGGACCAAAUCAGUAG